UACAAGAAAAUUACAGACACACAGCAGGCCAGAAGUUUGGCAAAGGAUGUAAAAUGGAUGAAAGAGAAAGAAGAGAGAAUUAUUUUUAAAAGGUCUCAAUCUUCUGACGUUCUUAACCCAUUGAUUGCUUCUAAAAAUCAUAAUAUUUGAGAAGCUAAAGUUGAUAUUUACAAAUCGACUGAUCAGAAUGCUUUUUCGCAAAAGGAGAGUCUCCCUGGGCUUAACCCAAAUGAGCGGGUAAAGAAUACGAAGAAGAUAGUCUCAGCUGAAUAUUACCAUUCCACCUAUUUAAUGGGAGAGGAACUUCAUGAUGAAGAUGAUGAUUAUGAGGGCACUGACAUUUUAGAGUUACACCCCUGAGGAUAUUGCUCCAAGACAAGCUCUAUGAGUAGCCACCCUCGUUGUUUGACAAUAGAUGAGACUGGGAAUCAUCUCCAGAGUCAUAUCCAGAAGCUAGGUCCUUUGCAAACUUUUUUCACGCUAACGAAAGGAUUUGUAGGAACAACAUUCCUGUUAUUUCCGAAUGGGUUUUACAACGCAGGAUGGCUUUUUGGCAUUGCUACUGUUUUAGUAGUAGGCUCUUUAGUUAUAAUUUCAACUAAUUUGUUACUCACAGUAUCUGAGAGAUAUCCAGGAUCUUUCUCUUCACUAGGAGAGAGAUCAUUGGGAAAGCCCGGUAAGAUAUUUUGAGAUCUUGCUCUUGGCCUUACUCAGACAGGGUUUGUCUGAAUGCAUAUUGUAUUUAUAUCCCAAAAUGUUAAUGGGAUACUUCAGGCUAAUUUUGGAUUUAUGAUCAAUAAAUGGGUCAUUGGUGUCAUUUGUUUGACCAUUUAUGCACCUUUGACAUGGGUCAGAAGGAUCCAAUAUUUUGCAAAAUUUCACAUUUUUGCAGUUAUUAUUGUGAUAACCGCUCUUGUUGUGAUACUGUUUUGUGCUGUUGAUAAUUUUGAACACAAUGAAAUUCAGACUAUGAACAAGAGCAAUUGGGCGGUCUUUGUUGGAACAUGAGUAUUUGCAUUUGAAGGAGUAACAAUUGUACUUCCAGUUAAAAACACAACCAGAAAUCCUAAGCAAUUUAGAUUGAUACUUACCUGAAUGCUUGCAGUUAUUUCUUUAUUAUUGAUAGGGUUUGGACUGGUGAAUUAUAUGGCUUAUUCUAAUGAGAGGUUGGCACAUGCUAAACUAAUCACUAGACUCCUUCCAAGUCAGAGUCCUAUUGUCCAAAUAUAGUAGAAGUUUUAUUCAUUCUGAACUUGUUUAUUUCUUACCCUCUAGCGAUUUAUCCAACAAAUAUUAUUAUCGAGAAGAAUAUUUAUAAGAGUAUGAGCCAAAAACCACUAAGAAAAUGGCUCAAAAAUUGAAACAGAACUGUAUUAGUAGCGUUAACAUUUUUUAUGGGACUUUAUUUUGAAGAAAGUUUAGACAGAUUAACCUCCAUAGUCGGAUCUUUAUUCUUAACCAAUAUUGCAUUCACCUUACCCGCAAUAUUCCAUCUCUGACUCAUAGCAAAAUCCCCUAUCAUCAAAACCUUCGACUAUUGCCUAAUCUUCUUCGGUUUCUUACUAACGCUACUAAUCACAGGAUACACUUUAACCCACUAAUCUCCACUAAAAACCCAAAUUUUCAAC